CCUUUAAAGCCACGGCUCCAUCUUUCUGACUGGCUGUGUACAGAGACCCAAGUACCCACCGCCGAGGGGGCCCUGGGUGCUGAGAGUCUGCGCAAGUGGGCUAUAACAGGUGCACGUGGGACAUGGAACCACUUCCCCGGGGCUUAGGAGGGGCCCGGAGCGGGGACAGGGUGGAUCCUGGGAUGCAGCAGAGCCACCCAGGAGUGGGCAGGACAUGUCACUGAGCAGCCGCUGUGUGCCAGACACUGUGUCAAACCCUGUCUAUAUCUUCUGCGAAGCUGUUAUUAUUCCCAUUUUACAGACAGGGGAACGGAGCCCAGAGCAGCUGGCUGACUUACCCAGGGCCCUACGGCUAACCAAGUGUCAGAGCCAGGGUCCGACCUCAGGACCAGAACUUGGGUCCCUUCCUCCUCCCAGGAGCUGCUUGGAGAUGCUGCUGCUGCUGCUGUUCCUUCUCUUGCUGCUGCUGCUGCCACUGCUGGCCGUGCUCUGGCAGCGGCAGCCCCAAGAUGCCAGGCUGUCCUGGCUUGCUGGUCUCCAGCAUCGUGUGGCAGCAGGGACCCUGUGCUGGGCAGCCGCCUGGCAGCAGCGGAGACUAGAACAGAGUACACUGCACGCGGGCCAGAGCCAGCAGCAGGCCCUGAAGUGGUGUCUGCAGGGAGCCCAGGGGCCCCGCGGUCCCCUCAGGGGGAACACAGAUAUAAGCACCUUCCGGAACCAUCUCCCACUGACCAAGGCCAGCCAGGCCCAGGAGGAAGAACAUGAGGGGCAGCUCUCGCCUCCUACCUCAACCCAGUACUACGGGGAGGCCUCUCUGCAGGCCACCUUGCUGGGUCUGGCAGCCCUAAACAAGGCCUAUCCAGAAGUGCUGGCUCCGGGAGGCACCGCCUGUGUGACCCCUACGUCCCCCUGGCCCUGCCCUCUCCCCUGGCCUUGGCGUGCCUUGGGCCAGGUUAGCGCCCCUGGAGCCAAGCACCCUGGGGCCCUGCUGCUGAAGGCACUGAGGUCCCCAGGGCUGCGGGCACUGGAAGGUGGGACGGCAGCCGAACUCCUGGACGUCUUUGUGGGCCUGGAGGCGGAUGGCGAAGAGCUAGCUGAGACAAUAGCUGCCGGGAACCCGGGGGUGCCUCUCCCCAGACGGGCAGCUGAGUUGCGGGAGGCCCUAGAGCAGGGGCCCCGAGGACUGGCCCGUCGGCUCUGGCCGAAGCUACAGGUGGUGGUGACUCUGGACGCAGGAGGCCAGGCCGAGGCUGUGGCUGCCCUGGAGGCAUUGUGGUGCCAAGGGCUAGCCUUCUUCUCCCCGGCUUACUCUGCCUCUGGAGGGGUGGUGGGCCUGAACCUGUGGCCAGAGCAGCCCCGCGGGCUCUACCUUCUGCCCCCUGGAGCUCCUUUUAUUGAGCUGCUCCCAGUCAACAAAGGAGCCCAGGAAGAGGCUGCCUCUACCGUCCUGCUGGCCGAGGCCCAGAAGGGCAAGGAGUAUGAGCUGGUGCUGACCGACCACAUCAGCCUUACCAGGUGCUGCCUGGGUGUUGUGGUACAGGUGGUUGGUGCCUACAAUCGGUGUCCAGUCGUCAGGUUCGUCUGCAGGCUGGGCCAGGCCCUGAGUGUGAGAGGAGAAGACAUUCGAGAGGAUGUGUUCUCUGAGGCCCUGGGCCGGGCUGUCGGGCAGUGGCCAGGGGCGAAACUGUUAGACCACAGCUGUGUGGAGAGCAGCAUUCUGGAUUCCUCCGAGGGCUCGGCUCCCCACUAUGAGGUGUUUGUGGCGCUGAGGGGCCUGAGAAACCUGUCAGAGGAAAAUCGAGACAAGCUUGACCACUGCCUUCAGGAAGUCUCUCCCCGCUACAAGUCCUUGCGGUUCUGGGGCAGCGUGGGCCCUGCCAGAGUCCACCUGGUGGGGCAAGGGGCCUUCAGAGAACUCCGGGUGGCCCUUGCAGCCUGCCCUUCGUCCCCCUAUCCUCCUGAGAUGCCCCGGGUCCUGAGGCACAGGCACCUGGCCCAGUGUCUGCAGAAAAGGGUGGUGUCCUGAGCUGAGAGGCCUGCCCACUGCCCCAUCCCCCUCAUAGGCCACUUGGUACAUUCCUCUGUGGCCUCUCUGGAUGGGAAGUCUUGGCCAGGGUCUUCAACUCUGUGUCAUGGGACAGUUGCUCAUCAGAACCCCAGGCCUGAGGGAGGUCUAAGCUGUUCAGCCCGUUCUGAGGAGCCCACGUCAACUGGCCCCUGCAGUGCCCUCCCUGAAGUCCCGUGGCGCCCUCUGUGGGACACUGCUAGAGUUCCCACAUACUGCCGAUGUCUCCUGUGUCUCCAGGCCCAGUCACUGGGCAGGCUGGACGUGUUAACCGUUAAUGUUCCCCAGGAGCGACCCUCAGUCAAUGAGAGACAGAAGUCAGAGAAAGAGACCUCAGCGUCACUGUCCCUGAGUACACUUCUCAAGUGUCUUCUGCACCGGUUGCCCGUAGUGGUAACCCUCUGAUUAACACAAUUCUUACUGGUUUUCCUUCCACCCUGCCCAUCCCCAUGUUUUCAUGUGCUUUGUAGGAUUACCUCCCAAAUAAACCACUUGCACCCAGA